GCCCUCCCUCCUUCCCUCCCCUCAUACCCCUGGUUUCAGUGCGGGGUUGCGAAAGAUCCCCGAGGGCGCGCGUCAUGUGGCCGCUGGUGUUUGGGUUGUUGGUGGGCGUCGCGGGGCGCGUGGAGAUCCCCCCGCAUGAAGACGUGGCACGCGUGGCUCGCUUCGUGGCGCACUCCUCUGACUGGGGCGCGCUGGCCACGCUCUCGGCGCAAGAGCCGCCGAUGCGGGGCCAGCCCUUCGCCAACGUCUUCUCCGUCAGCGACGGGCCGGUGGGCUCCAGAGGCAGCGGGGUGCCCUACAUGUACCUGACGGCGCUGGAGAUCUCUGUGCAGGACUUGCAGAUGAACGCGAAUGCAUCGUUAACUUUGUCCCUAGCACAGACAUCUUACUGCAAGAAGAAAGGGUAUGAUCCUCAAAGUCCUUUGUGUGCCCACGUAAUCUUCUCUGGAGUAGUUGAGAAGGUUCCAAAUGGUACAGAAGCAGACUUUGCAAAGACAGCGCUAUUUAGUAGACAUCCUGAAAUGGCUACUUGGCCACCAGAUCAUAACUGGUUCUUUGCAAAACUCAACAUCACCAAUGUUUGGGUCCUGGACUACUUUGGUGGAAUCAAGACUGUGACCCCAGAAGAAUAUUUUAAUCCUGUUCCUUAGUAAUGAAGACUUUUGGGUGCUGUGUAAUAUCUACCUUUUGUAAUGUGAAAACAUGGACACUGCUAGAACCAAUAUAACAUUGCACAGUAGCAAAUCUGCAUAUUUCCUUAAAAUUCUGAUGAACUGUAUUUGCUUUGUGUGCUUUGUGGGAGGGGGGAGGAAAAAUUAGGAACUGAUGCCAAGAAAAUCAGAUUCUGUGGACAAAGUAGUUAGUCUGUGCAAAUCUGCCGACACAGCAUAAUGGCUUCUGCUUGGAGACGUGGGCUUUUGAAAAACAUUAACUGUCUCGACAAACUUCCGAAGUGAGAAAAUGCAUCAUGGGCGCAUAUCCCUAAAAUAGAGGUAGAAAAAAAAACCAGAGGAAACGAAAAAGGGAAGACUAAGAGCAAAUCUCAAAUGACAUGAUGAAAUAUCCUGAAAUGUUAAACUAUAAUGUACUUUUGAUUCACUGAUUUAUGUGUAGCACCUUGGGUGAUUGCUGUUGUCUGAUUUGUGUUGGGUGGUUUACCUGUAAUACUGAUCCAGCUGGGAUGUGUAGAUGCACAAAGUGCUACCAGGAAGGCAUUAAGGCAGUUUGGUAAAACUGCCACAUUCAUGUAGAAAAAAGGUGAGAUCGGUGUCUGGGUUUAACACCAUAUGAAUGAGUAAGUUGUUUUGUCCAUGGCUUACUUCCCUCAAGCACUUCUGAUUGUAGUCUUCAGUAGAGCUUACUUCAAUAGUAUAAAAAGUUGACUGAGGGGAAAAGCUUCUGGAGUACAGACUUACAUCCACAGUUCCUUCAUAUGUUUUUAAUUAUUAGCUUUGCUUAAACCAGAGGUGGGUGAAAUGUAGCUUGUGAGCUGCAUGUGGUUCCCAAGCACUUUUUAGUGUCUGAGUUUUAAAAAGUAGAUGUUGUGGUUUGUUGCCAAAAUUUUGUGACAAACUAAAUUGACCACUUACCUCAGUAAGGCUUACUGGAAGUCCUUUUUUGCAUGUCUUUAUUGACAGAGGAAAACCCUAAUCAGCAGGGUUUUGCAAAGGUCUCCCCAGGAGUUCCUGUUCCUGAAAUUUCAGGUGUUAAUUCAAAGAGGCUUAAGUCUUAAAUACUAUUUAGAGUGCCUUAAUUGUGUAUCUGAAAAGCAAAAAAAAAGUUUAUUCAUAGACUACUGUUCCUGCUUCUAUCACAGUAAAGCAAAGGUUCAUGGUUUUCCAAGCUGAUUUAAGAUUAUUGUAAAUAAAUGAUUCCCUAAGGAACCAAGUGUCAUCUUUAA